UCAACCUUCUUCGUAAUUUCCAAUAUCCUCGACUACUACUACACUUGAAAACGCUCUCAUUGUGAGAGCUUGAGCUCCAUUUGUAGAGAGAGUGAGUGAAAAUCUAAUGGCUGAGCUGAUGUGGAGAAGAAAAUGGUUGUGUUUGGCAAUUGGGUUCAGCUUCAUGUUUGCGUUGGAUUUGGUCUCAGCAGACAGAAUGCUGAAGAACAAGGAGAUUGAACUCAAAGUAGAUGAUCAAGAUCAACAAGAGUCUGAGUACUAUUUUGUCAAGGUGGUUAAUUUUUUGUGGCAGCCCAACGAGUCAAGCUACCAGCACGUUUGGCCUGAUAUGAAAUUUGGAUGGCAAGUUGUUGUCGGCUCAAUUAUCGGCUUCUUUGGUGCUGCAUUUGGGAGUGUUGGAGGUGUAGGGGGAGGUGGGAUUUUUGUUCCCAUGCUUACUCUCAUCAUCGGAUUUGAUCCCAAAUCGUCCACGGCAAUCUCCAAAUGUAUGAUCAUGGGGGCAGCAGGCUCAUCUGUUUACUACAAUCUUAAGCUAAGACAUCCAACUUUAGACAUGCCCAUUAUUGACUACGACUUGGCUUUGCUUUUCCAACCAAUGCUUAUGCUUGGAAUAAGCAUUGGGGUUGCAUUUAAUGUAAUUUUCGCCGAUUGGAUGGUUACAGUUCUUCUCAUAAUCCUCUUCAUAAUCACAUCAAGCAAAGCAUUCAUGAGGGGUGUUGAUACAUGGAAGAAGGAGACAUUGGCAAAAAAGAAAAAUAAAUUGUUAAUCGCCCAUGAAUUUUAUUUUCAUGCAGGGAAUGAAGAAGUAGAGUACCAAGCUCUUCCUUCUGGCCCGGGAAAUGCUGAUUCAAAGGAGACCAAGCCAACGGCUGAUGCUGUGGUUCCGCUCCUUCAGAAUGUGUACUGGAAGGAGCUUGGCCUUCUUUUCUUCGUAUGGGUUGCAUUCCUUGCGCUUCAAAUUGCUAAGAAUUAUGCAUCAAAUUGUUCGAUGAGGUACUGGGUUUUGAACUUGUUGCAGAUUCCUGUCUCUGUAGGUGUUUCAAUGUAUGAAGCUGUUAGCUUAUAUAACGGAAAAAGAGUGAUCGCAUCCAAGGGAAAUGAAGUGACGGAGUGGAAAGUCAUUAGACUCGUGCUAUAUUGUGUUACAGGAAUUGUUGCCGGUAUGGUUGGGGGAUUGCUUGGAUUAGGUGGAGGGUUUAUUUUGGGCCCUCUUUUCUUGGAGCUUGGUAUUCCUCCGCAGGUAUCUAGCGCCACUGCAACCUUUGCGAUGACAUUCUCAGCAUCUAUGUCAGUCGUAGAAUACUACCUCUUAAAGCGUUUCCCUGUUACAUAUGCUCUCUACUUUGUUGCGGUAGCGACAGUUGCGUCCUUUAUUGGCCAACAUGCAGUGAGGAAGCUGAUUAAUAUCCUGGGGAGGGCCUCCCUCAUCAUUUUUAUCCUCGCUUUCACAAUCUUUGUUAGCGCAAUAUCCCUAGGUGGAGUUGGUAUCUCAAACAUGAUCAAGAAGAUUCAGCAUCAUGAGUAUAUGGGCUUUGAGAGCCUGUGCAAGUACCAAGUUUAAGGUUAAAACCACAGCAAGAGAAGAAAUUUUGGUUUUAGUUUGUGUUGUAGGUUUAUUUUUUCCCCUAUUAAUUCGUUUUUUUUUUUUUUCCUUUUCUUUUAUCCCCUUUUUGAGGUAGAGAAGGACUCGAUGGCGCUUGCUGUUAGUUGUAACAUUUUUUUCAAUUGCUAAGUUGAAUAAAGAAGUUUUUGUUUUAUUUGA